AUGUCGUCGAACAGCCCAGAUGAACUGCGCCAUCCCAGCCUAAAACGCACCUUGCGCGGCAAGCUCUCCGCACAAACAAUCGAGUUUCGAAAUCUGAAAUACGCAUCGGUACCAGGACGGUACAGAGACUCUGUGCUCAACGACGAAAUCAAAUCGGGAACCGACGGCGAUGCCGUGGUGGAUGCAACGCAGUUUGGACCGUCAUGUCCGCAGCACCGCGCAGGCCAAGCAUGGGGUCUAACGCUCGCAGGAAACGUCAAGCUUCCAUUCGAGCCAGGCCAGGGCCCCGAGGAAAAAAUGGACGAGCUGGAGUGUCUAAACUUGAACGUCACGGCGCCUAAAUCUGUUAUACAGGAAUCAGGGGAGACAGCAUUGCCGGUCUUCGUCUGGGUCCACGGCGGCGCGCUGAGCAUCGGUUCGAACAGCUGGCCGCAGUACCAAAUGCGGCGGCUCGUCGAACGCAGUAUCGAGAUUGGGAAACCGGUUGUCGGGGUUGCGAUAAACUACAGGCUUAGUGUCUUUGGGUUCCUGGCUAGCGACGAUAUCAAGGCGGCGGGCAACAUGGGAUACAAGGACCAGGUGCAAGCGUUCCGCUGGAUCAAGCGCCAUAUCGCGGGCUUCGGCGGCGACCCGAAUAAUGUUACUGCGGCGGGCGAGUCGGCGGGCGGCAUCUCGCUUUCGACGCUGCUCUGUGCUAAUGUAGGGGCGCAGGGCUUGUUUGAACGCGUCGUCAUCAUGAGCGGCGAGGCGACGCUGCGGAAAUGGCGGAACGCAGCGUGGCAGCAGAAAAUGUUCGAAGAACAAUCUACAUACCUGAAGCUGGAUGUGGCGGAUGCGGAGGCCAGGAGAAAAGCGUUGCUGGAAACUGAUGCUGAAGAACUGGCGCAAAAGUUGCCGCUCGCCCAGCACUUCACCGCCACCGUCGACAACGACUUCGUAACUCGUGAGGUAACCAUCGAAGCGAUGAUGAGCGGGCAGAGCGCCGUCCACAAGCCCUCGUGGUGCCGUGAAUUCGUCAUCGGGGAUACCGCGCACGACGGCCUGAUUCUCAAAUCCCGCAUCCUCAACCAGCCCAAUGCACUGGACUGCUUCAAGGAAGCGUGUGCAAAACACAUCUCCCCAGCUGAAACCCAAGUCCUCCUCACCGCCUACAAUCUCCAGACGCCGCUGCCAAACAAGCAAGAAGAAGACGAGCACCUGCUCGAGCUCGUCAGCGAGCUGCGCUUCCACCUCCCAGCACUAACCGCACAUCAAGCCUGGAAAGCGAGCACGCCGCCAAAACGCGCCUCGCGCUAUCAUUUCCACGUGCCGAACCCGCUUGAAGGCUCGUUCCAAGGCCUGGCGUCGCACGAGCUCGACGUCGUGUAUCUGCUGAACAACUUCGAGGACCAUUUCGACGAGCACAACCGCGGCAUUGCGCGUGCCGUGCAAGACCGCUUUCUCAGACUGGCGAAUGGAGAGAGGUGGGCCGACGACGGCAAGGCUGUUGUGUUUGAGCGUGCUGGUGUGGCCGAGGUCGACGAAGAGCUGUAUGAUGCGAAAUAUCGUGGCGAGCGCGGGGCCGUCUUGCGGGCUAUCGGCAUGGAGAAGCUGUGGCGUGUUGCUGAAAUGUGGCAGAAUGUGCGGUCCGAGGAAGAGGUUUCGUGAUUGGAUAGGGGUUAGUAGGGUAAAGUUGCUUCACUGAGU